CUUACUCAGUCAAUGAUUUCAAUCUUAAUUCGACAAUACACACUGGAUAACUUGUGGUUGAAAAUGUGACCCCAACUUCGAGUUCAGUACAUUGCAUUGCGAUGGCUAAAGCUUGGACAUAUGUCCAAAGAUGAAGUGAUGCUACCCACUGCACUAGUAACUCAGUAUAUUGUAGUGCCAAAAGGGUGAAAGGAAGGGCACCAACCAUUAUUACCCCCCAGAUUUUGACCCAGCAAAACACAGGAACUUAAAUGCAUACCAUGGCACUCAUGCAUUGCGGGAAAGAGCCAGAAAACUACAUAAGGGGAUUAUGAUAAUAAGGUUUGAAAUGCCAUACAACAUUUGGUGUGAUGGCUGUAAGAAUCACAUUGGUAUGGGUGUCAGAUACAAUGCAGAAAAGAGUAAAAUAGGAAUGUACUACACAACACCACUGUACAAAUUCAGGAUGAAGUGUCAUUUGUGUGACAAUCACUUUGAAAUAAAAACGGAUCCAGCGAAUCAUGACUAUGUUAUUAUCAGUGGUGCAAGAAGAAAAGAACAGAGAUAUGACCCUAAGGAUAAUGAACAAAUAGAGACUGAGGAUAAAUCAGUGAAAAAGAAAUUGGCCACUGAUGCUAUGUUCAAACUUGAACAUGGUGUGGAUGAUAAAGCUAAAGUGCAGUCAGUGGCUUACACUUUAGAUCAACUAGAAGAAAUAAAGGCAGAGAAAAGAGAUGACUAUAUGUUGAACAGACGAGCAAGGGAUAUGUUUCGGAAGGAAAAAAGAGCCCUGAAAGACUCCCUUGAAGCUGACAAUGCAUUGAUUGCUCGUUCAUCCUUGGGUGUUUCUUUGGUGCCUGAAAAGGAAGAAGACGUGAAACUGGCUGGACUUAUGAAAUAUGCAUCAGCUAAAUCUUAUGAUGAAAAGCAACAAGAAAAAAGACAACAGAUAGAAUCCAGACCUCUUUUCCAGUCAAAAACGGAAGAAAAAUUGAAGAAGAACAAAGCUUUGCAAAUUUUACAUUCCAAAGGGAAACUGGGACAUCAAGAAAGUCCAUUUUCCUUGAAUUCUGUGACUAUCAGUCCUUUAACUGGUAUUGUUAAACAGAAAAAUAAGGGUGAGAGUAAGAGCCGUACUGCUUCAAAAGAGACAGUUAUAAACAAUAAAAAUAGUCAAAAUAAUCACGAACCCCAUACUGCAGAUUGUAAAAUUUCAGGAAAGGAAGCCCAGAAAAAUGCUUUAGGAAGUUUGAUGGACAACUAUGAUGAUAGUGAAAGCGAUACCAAUACAUAGUACAACAUAAAGAUUUCAUGAAGCUUUUCACAUUGCAAUGACAUAGCAUGUGGUACAUUUUAUUAAUCAUGUUCGGGUAUUUUGAUAAAAGUUAACUGCAAAACUGUGUCUUGGGUCAAUUUUAUCAUUUUACCUCUUUUGCUUUUAUGGGGCACUGUUUUAUCUAUUAUUUAUAUUUGGAUUUGGGCCGUUUUAUUUUUAAACCUGAUCCCCAUCCCACUCCAUGCUCACACUAGUUUGCCAGUAAUAAAUCAGUAGAACUUUAAA